CGCCAUCUUGCUUUGCACGGUGCCUGAACUAUGCCAUGGGUGUGAGCACGUAAUUGUGCAUGCCGGAUUCACACAAUUGGUGCCCUCUGUUGGUUUAUUUUGUAAUUUUAUCACCCCUUCAGCAUAAUGGUUUCGUCCUCACUGCCCGCUGAGGCAACAUGGCUGCCUUUUUUCAGAGCUGGACGGAGAGACACAUUUUCUUGAACAAAACACUGCAAUUUUCAGACGCUUAACCUCCUGGUUUUUCUUUUAAGCCAAAAUAUCGUUUUGGUCCUUACUUUACGGUUUAGUAUCACAUAAUGUUGUCAAUUUGGAAUGUGUUUAGAGGUACGGUGAAGAUAACGGUGACGGUGUGUAUGUUGACAGUAAUAAGUAUAUGAUCGGGCGGAGGGGGUUCCCCCAGUGAGAAAUCCGAUGACUGUGCAAUAUAAUAUUAUUAUGUGCCAGAAUUAUUGUUUGCUUGAGUGUAUAACCAAGUAGAAAAAUGAACAUGUUUUUCCACAUGAUUGUUUCAAGUGCGGUUACUAACAAAGGCUGAUCCUGCAUGGUUAACGCUUUUCUUACGAGGAGUAUUGCCAACCAGAGCAGUUGAACACUCCAGCAAGGUUCAACUCACUCUAUUCCUAUUCGCGUUUUGCUUUUGCAGGACAUGGAUCUUCCCGUGCCAAACGCUCAGGCUGUUUCGGAUUAUUUUCGUCGCAUCCUGACAGCUAUCCUCGAAGAACUUGUAGAUAAGGUUCCAAAUCAUGGAUACAUAUCCAAUACUGAAAUUGUCAAGCAGUCCUUGAGAAGCAUCUCCAAUUUGUACAAAAGCGGACUCCGGUUUGCCAAUUCAGGUUUGCGUUCUGACUGGAAUGACCCGGCCAACCGCUGUGCUUACGUGUUUCUUUACCUGAUGCACCAUUGCUAUCUCGUGUAUGGCUCGCUUCAGUACUCGGAUGAGGUCAUAAGAAGUUGGCGCAACAGGAGCAGUUUGAAGGUUUGUAGCAUUGGAGGCGGGCCUGGGUCAGACCUGGUUGGCUUGACAACCUUCCUCCGGAUGCACGGCAUCUUCCCGCGUUCUUUGGAAUGCCUUGUCUUUGAUCUGUACCCCAACUGGAAAGACACUUGGGACACGAUAUACACCCACCUACAAGAUACCUUUAGUGUAACUUACCACAUGUGUGAUCUGGUCAAAGACACACUCGGACUCCACAUUCGAGAUCUGCAGUUCAUCAAACAGGCAGAUAUCCUCACACUGUCUAAAUCUUUCUCAGCAGUGUCUGCUUUCUUCCGAGCCGACUCCUCCAAAGGCGCUUUCCUUCGGGAUGUUCUCCAGCAGACCAAACCGGGCUGCCUCGUUCUGUACAUCGACAAUGAAUACAGCGGUUGUACUCAGUUUCAGCGGGACUUCGCAUCCCGAGCCGGUAUGGAUUUAGUAUUUGAAUUCCGCGGCAAGCCCACUUCCCCAAAGGGGGCAUAUUCAGAUAUCAUCCAAAAGUACAAUAAUCUGUUCGAGUUCACUCCGAUGCGCUCCUGCAACGUGACUAUCCAGUUAUUCCGAAAGAAGGGAGCGGCUCCGUCUGGUCCCCACUCGGCUGUUCCCCAAGGAUUCCCCGUGGGGAUUUUUUCAAGUUCCUCUCGGAGCACACCCUACCAUGAUGUGAUUUCCAGCUACGGCGGUUUCCACGGAACCGCAAUGAGAAACACCGUAACGCCACAGGCAACAUCCCCGCAAUUGUCAUCGGGCAUUCCGCUGGCUGCAAGCAAUGUCUACCCAGCAUACUCCACCUAUAACCAACCAUACCCCUUCGACCAUACCACGACCGUGGAAAGACCCUCAUUAGAAAGCUACAGAACACAGACAACCCCACAGACAACCCCACAGACAACAUCUCGUCUCACGAACACUACCCCUGGCUGUUAUGGUCAAGUCGUUCCACAAGGACCCCCCGUGGGGAUUAUCUCAAGUUCCUCUCGGAGUCAGAGCACACCCCACCAUGAUGUGAUUUCCAGCUUCAACAGCGUCCACGAAAUGGCCAUAAGGAACACCGUAACGCCACGAGCAACAUCCCAGCAAUACUCCGCAUCGGGCAUUUCGCGGGCUGCAGGCAAUACCUACCCAUCACAUUCCCCGCAAUACUCAUCGGGCAUCACCCGGGCUGCAGGCAAUACCUACCCAGAAACUGCUGCCAGAAACCGACCAUAUUCCUCCCACCAAUUGAGGACUAACACCGUGGCUAGCCAAGAUGUAGACGAAUUUGAUGACGAGGUGCUUGAGAACGUUGCCAACCUGCUCGACCAAGCCUGGCCGACAGUCGCGACUUAUCUGAGUUUUGAUGACGAUGAGUGCCAGGCUAUUAUUGAGGCUCACCCAGGCCGCAUCAAGCAGCAGGCCCUUCAGAUGCUCACUGCAUGGAGGGCGGGCUACGCUGGACCAGACAUCUUGGCUGAACUGAAGGGGGCACUCAGGGCAGUGGGACUACACACACUACUUCCUGAGCUCGGUGGGAAAAUUCUGGAAAAUCCAACACUCCAGAAAGUAGCAGAGAGUGUCGGCAACAAGUGGAGGAACUUAGCGCACUAUCUUUCGUUUGACGUCGAGCAGUGUCGAAAUAUCCAAGCAGCAUUCGCCACGACCAGGGAGCAAGCAGGUCAGAUGAUUGCGGCAUGGAGGCAGAGCUUUACCGGUGAUAAUCCAGUACAGUUCUUGGCUACAGCGCUCAUCGCUAUAGGGCAUGACGAUCUUGCCAGAGAGCUUGGUGAGGAAAUACUGGAAAGUCCAACACUCCAGAAAGUGGCGAGGAGCGUCGACAACAAGUGGCUAAGGUUAGCGCAGCAUCUUUCGUUUGACGUCGAGCAGUGUCGAGAUAUCCAAGCAGCGUUCUCCACGACCAGGGAGCAAGCAGGUCAGAUGAUUGCGGCAUGGAGGCAGAGCUUUACCGGUGAUAAUCCGGUACAAUACUUGGCAUUAGCGCUCAUCGCUAUAGGGCGUGACGAUCUUGCCAGGGAGCUUGGUAGGAACAACACAUUUCCUCCCAAAAAAGCCCCCUCUACUGCCGCAUUCAUGCCCCUAGAAUGAGACCCCUGGCUACGCCUCUGCCCACCAUACCGCGACUGUAUGGGUCUUCAUUAGGGAGCAACAGAACACCGAACCCCAGCUGACUCCAGCCACAUCAAUAUCUCUGUGAUCUAAGUAUAAAGUAAGUAAGUAAGAUCUCCCAUCAACCCAAACGAACGGAUCAACCACCCAAGCCAAGCAAUUCAGCACGCGUCCCUGAGCCGAUCAAGCAAACACCUCACCGUACCGACAAGCAUCUCGUGUCUCAAAGACUAACCCUAACAGUUAUCGGUCAAGAGACGAAAGAGUAAAGACAACAUCAGGACGAUGAAGAUGAAACCACAUCAUCCAGAAACUGCUGCCCACAGGCAUGCACAAUUAUGUCAGCCCCUACAUUAGUAUAGAGGUCGUCUGUAUUAAUUUUUUGAAUAAAUAUUUUCACGGACUUGAUUCAUGUCUGUAGACCUUCUAUAUCGGGAGUCUUGGAUUAUAUACGUUUUUAAAAGAAUAAAUACAUUUUAAACCUAAAGCAGCCGGGUUAUUAUUGACAAUCUCACAGCCAGGGGGCGGGUUCCGCCCCCGCCCCCCCCCCAGAUCUCGGCCAUAGAGUGACGAGAAAUUACGAAACUCGGUGCAUUUAUAGAACAACUUAAUAUGAACAUACCCAAGAAAUUUCAUGACUAGAGUUUAAAACCUGUCUCGCCCUGAAAAGCAAUUUAUUGUGUGUUUUGACUGUUUGGAACAACAACGAAAAUGACACAGAAUACAUGUUUCAGAAAAUGUCACCAAAUGUAGUACACAAUAUUUUGAUUAACAACCCUGGUUAGGCAAACAAUG